UUUAACCUUUUCCAUCUCAUUCACUUUUCCCCCUUCCUUUGCACCUUGUCUUGCUUGCAAAAUUUAGCUACCAAGUGCCUCCUUUCUCAAGUUUUCUGAUAUUCCCAGGCUUCUCUCUUUCCGUCUCUCUAUGAUCCAAGAAAGCUUUGAUUCUUCAAGUUUUAUUUAUAUAACUUGUGCAAGAAUGAUAUUUAAACUCUUCUUUGCAUUAACUCCUCUUAGCUUCUCUAUCAUUGUUCUUGACAAGCAAGGAAAGUUCUAAAACAUUUUAGAAGCAGCUUAGAGAUAUGGGUUCUGAAGUUGUUCAAUAUCUCAUCAUCUUCCUCUUCUAUCUUUUCCUCAUCUCAGGUGAUUAAUUUGCACUCACUUGUGAGUUUCAAUUUCUUAGCUACAUUUAGAUAACAUUGUAGGCACAGGUUCAUCUAAUAAUACGACUAUUCUAUGUAUAACUAGCAUACAAUAGUUGUAUUAUAAUCAUCAAUCAUGCUGAAUUUCAUAUAGAUAUCAUUAUUAAUCUAGUUACCUCAUAGAAAUUGAUGAGUAACCAGCAGGAAGGAGAAUGGCUAGUAGGCCUCCCACUUCAGGUGAAUUAACAUAGGGGAGAGAAAAUUGCUACGAGUCCAAUAUUGGCCCCUUAACUUCACAUGCAUUGUGAACAUUUGAACUCAAUUUUCUGUCUUUCUGAAAUGAUCUUGUUUCGUUUUCUGCUGCAAGUAUCAUAUAGAGCUGUUCAUGAAAUUUUCUUUAGUAAUUCUGCAGCUCCUUUUCAUCCUUUUAACACAAGAAAAUAUAAGCUUAUCUUGCUUUUUGAUUGCUUCAGGUUCAAGUGUUGCAGAAACGCCUCCUCUGGAAGCAAUCCAGGAAAACAGAAUCGCGGACCACCGAGAAAAUCAAAUACUUUUCUCGUCUCCAGUGUUCACCACUCAACUAGACACGAUGGGGACGGUUCCCAUUGUGAAUCCAACAACUCCUGGUACAACAAGCCCAAUUGUAAAUCCGAUAGAUUCGCCUCCAGCACCAACUGCAGUCACGACGACCCCGCCAACAACCCCAGACACUACAACUCCGACCACCCCAGCCACUACAACUCCGACGUCAUCAGGAGGGGCAUGGUGUAUUGCAAGUCCAACUGCUUCAGAAACUGCUUUACAGGUAGCUCUUGACUAUGCUUGCGGUUAUGGGGGUGCAGACUGUUCAGCAAUUCAACCAGGUGGAAGUUGUUAUAAUCAAAACACUGUUCGGGACCAUGCUUCUUAUGCCUUCAAUGAUUACUACCAGAAGAAUCCAAUUCCUACCAGUUGUGUCUUCGGUGGAACUGCACAACUUAGCAGCACUGACCCAAGUAAUGGUAACUGUCACUAUGCAUCGGCCCAUUCAACUCCCAGCUCAAGUCCACCACCCCCAACCACUCCAACCACUCCAACCACUACAACCCCAACUCCGACUACGAUGACACCACCAAUAACAACCACACCUGGCGGACCAACAAUCUAUGGUGUAGCGGAACCAACAGGCUUGCCCAGCUCAGCCACCUCUGUUUCAUUUAGUUUACUGCUCCUCUGUUCCACAACAGCUAUUGUGGGAUCACUUCUUGCAGCAAACAAUUUCUAAGCAUACGGAAUUGAAGUUUAUUGCUUGCCUAAAUGAGAUCGCAGUUUCCUUCUUGGUUGCCACCAUUCUUCAUCAAUUUCUAAGCAGGCAGUGAGAAUCAACAUUGACGUUUUCUCAAGGCCUCAUUCUCACCAUAAAAAUCCAUUUGCUAUACUACUCCUAAUGUACGCAUAUUAGUUGAUUAAGAAGCCCACAGAAAAUGAAGAGGAGCAUAGAACGUCUUAGGUUCUUGUACUUGUAGACAAGUUAGAUUAGUUGCUCUCUCUUCAGUUUUAGCAUAAUAAAGUAUUAGAUAAAGCUUCUUUGGCCUUAGAACUACAUAAACAGACAAGAAUGGUGUCCUUGUUAUUGGCUACCUCAUGAAUUUAUUUAUGAAUGAGCAUACCAAGUGCAACGUUCAAGUUUCAGAAAAUAAAGAUUAGAAGUGGACUUUAUUAACCCAAA